AUGGUUGCAAAAAAUAUGAUAUUGAUUGCAAAAUUACAAAAAUUACAGUUGAAUUAUUCAAUUGGUUGCAAUGAUUAUUAUAUUGAUUGCAAAAAGCACUUAAGAAUUCUAUUUUAUUCAAUUGGUUGCAAGGAUUAUUAUAUUGAUCGAAAAAUCCUAUAUAAACUAUCAAUAAAAGUAUAA